AUGCGCACCCCAGACUUGUGCUGCGUGCUCAUAGCGACUCACGCGGUGGCACAGCCAUCGACAACUCCGGCCAAAGUCGCGACAUGGCCAUAUCAGAACUUCACCACUGAGCCGGACUUACAGCCUCCAGUGCUCCAAAUCUCCAAAGAUGAAUCACAGUGCAAGCUAUCCGAUGGCUAUCUCUUCUUCUCGCCUGCAGGCAAUAGUAUGUGGCAAAAGGCGCCUCUUAUCAUGACUGACGCUGGUCAACUUGUCUGGAAUGGUCCGAAAUACUUCAAUGGCUUCAACUUCGGGACGCAGAAGUAUAGAGGAGAAGAUGUACUUGUUGCCUGGAACGGCACCACGUUUAGAGAACCGGUUGGCAGAGGCAGCGGCUCAGUCUACAUCUGGGACAAGCACUAUGAGUUGAAGUUCAACGUUACCUUGAACGAUACCAGCCUCAGCGAGAUACCUCCAUUCUCGGAGGGAGUGAGCACGACUUUCCUCAACAACAAUGGCACCAUCUACGACAGCGAAGUUGAUCUUCACGACCACUACAUCACAGAUGAAGGCACAAUCGUGGUGCUGGGUAACAAUGUCACGCAAAGAGAUCUCAGUUCUCUGCAGAACGAAGCUGGAGAGCCUGGGCCGAAGGAUGCAUGGGUAGUCGACGCCCACGUAUACGAAAUUGACAUCGCGACCAACAAAGUACUCUUUGCUUGGAGGAGUCUUGAUCAUCUUGAUCAGCUACCAUUCAGUGCUUCAGUGUACCCACUCGGAAGCGAGGGCUUCGAUGGCACAGCCCAAAACAAAUCCUGGGGCUACUUCCACCACAACGCUGCCGAACCUUUCAAGCCCUACAAAGACAGCCCGGAGAAUGGCUACAUCAGCAGCUCCCGCGACCUCAGCAGUGGCAUAGCAAUUGAUCACACCGGCAAAGUCCUCUGGCGUAUUCGAGGUCUCAACAGCAGCAUAGACCAACCCCUCGAGCAGCGAACCCUCGACGCCACGUCCCACGACGCAGCCUUCCGAUACCAGCACGAUAUUCGCGUCGUUCCUGGCACAGAACAGUACUCUCCAGACGGAAACCUCUCCUCCAUCUCCCUCCGCCUCUACGAUAACCACAACAACCCGACCGACAACAACAUCACCGCCUCCUCCGGCAAGACUCUCGCCCUCGACUUCAGCUGCAUGACAUACUCCCUCGUCGAGCGCUUCGAAAGCACUACCCACCCUGUCUUUGCCACAGCCCAAGGCUCCCACCAACGUCUCUCAAACGGCAACUCCUUCCAGGGCAACGGCUGGGUCCCGGUUAUGCAAGAGAUCUCCCCUAACGGCGAGACACUCGCGACGAUUCAGUUUGGCGCGACGCCGAAGAACGAUACCGCUUUCUUCUCAUCGCAACCCUCGAGCGUGACGUUGUCGUAUCGAGCUUAUAAGCAACCAUGGAUUGGCUGCCCUAAACAGAAGCCGAGCGUAGUGGUGAAAGAUACGGUAGAGGGACAAGCGGGGCAUGGGUCGACGUUAUAUGUCAGCUGGAACGGCGCUACGGAAGUGGAGGGCUGGGAAAUUUGGGGCGGGAUCACUUCGAAACCACACUUCAUCCAAAAGGUCGAGAAGACAGGAUUCGAGACGAAAGUUGAGUUGAAGGAGCCGGUAGAGUUUGCGAAGGUGAAGCCCGUGUUAAAGGCCGGGACGCUGGAGUUUUGUGGGCAGAUGGAGUUUUGUGGGCAGAUGGAGGAGGAUGUGGAGAGCGAGAUGGUGUUUGUGCAUAGGCCACCGCCGUAG